UAAGCCGGAAAUGACGUAUGUUUACAAACUGCUGACUUCCGAACAGCGCGGAGACGCUAGCAAAACGGCGUUUUUUGAACGGUUUCUGUCUCCUUAUUUUCACUAUAUAUCUCCCGAGAACCGACGACAAGUUGUUACGUUUGUCGGUUUCGCGUUUGGUUCCGUUCAGGCGGAGCUGCGGCCAUGUUGGCUCGUCACGAGCUGAGCCAACAUGGCGGAUGGAUUCAUUUAGACAGGUGUGCGAUCCCUUCGUGAACUUUGACGUAUGUGACGUCACGCAGCUUUUUCUUCCGCAAAUGCGUAUUUGUCUAAAAAGUCCUUUUAAACCCAAUGUUAGUCGGCUGUUAAACGCGAGCUGACUUGGAGGCAUUGUGCGCGUGCGCGUCAUGCACCUGAGUCGUCUCCUGGUCGGCCUCGCGUCGAGUUGUUCGAGAGCGCCUUCGGGCUGCAAAAGUUUGCUUCUCGAUGCACCAACGAGGAUAAAAGCGCCUCAGCUUUUUUCCCAGGCCUCAGGUCUGGGUCAGGUCACCAUGAGCAAGAUGGAGCCUGACAAGGAGACCUUAGCUGCGGAUUCCCACGAAGAUGGUUUUCAUAAUGGAGAAAAAGAGGAAUCUGCUUCGGAAGGUGUGAUUGGUCUUGAGAGGGCUUCAGGACCGGAGAGCCCGAAGGAGAAUCGAGGCCAGGAGAACGUGGAGACGGGAGCCUCCAACAAAUCAGGGGAGUUGUUUUCUAGCUGUAUGUUUGGACUGCACGAACUAUGAUCUAAAUAGGGGAAACCCUGUCCCUACUGUAGUUCCUAACGCAGAAGUUCCUGUGUGGCUCAUUGUCGUCGGUGGUUCCUGGACCUUUUGAAAGUAUUUCCCUAUCCGUACCACACCGUAGCCUCAAGAAGGGCCGUUAUAUUACCCCAGAACUAAAUUAAGGCAAUUGUUAUAGCGGUCCAAACACUCAAUGGAUGCGCAAAAGUUCCCAGUUCUGGUGCAAGCAUAUGCUGCAUUUCCUACUCAACUUACAGGAAGUGCAACUUGGUACAUGUAGUUCGUAGAUCUAAACGUUGCCUGUGGCCCAUUUAGUACGUACUUCGUGCACAUUGCCGGACUGAAGGAAAUGCACAUCACAGUUCCCGCAGUGCGAAUGUUUAAUGGCUCUCCAAAAGUUCUUGUUGUCAUAAGACUUGAACGUGUGACUUAUUUUUCUUUUUUCCUUCAGUCGUCAAGCAAGAGUCGGGCAAGAGAAACAGGAAGAGGGGACGACGAGUGGACAGUGAGCAAGAUGCGGAGAAGACAAAGAAAAAGAAGCAGACCCAACGACCCAACUACUUUGUCUCGAUCCCUAUCACCAACACACAGAUCCGGUCAGCGGUGACUGAGGUCCAAGAGGCGCUGCUGGAGCGCGAACCUCGCUUGGCCAGAGCCAUGAUCCCGGUCCCGACGCUCCACAUCACACUUCUCGUCACCCACCUGGCCCGUCAGGAGCAAGUGGACCUGGCGGCGGCGGCGUUGGCCCAGGCGGAGCCGUCAUUGGCCGAGCUGCUGGGAGGGGCGGAGCUGGCACUGCCCUUCUCGGGCGUCGCUCACUUCAGAAACGACGUGGUGUUUGUCGCCCUCGCACCCGGACCGCACAGAAAGGCGCUGCACAGCCUGGCAGAGUUGCUGUGCGGUCGUUUGGAGGAGCGAGGUCUUCUGGAAGGCGACGCUCGUGGCUUUGAACCGCACCUCACCAUUAUGAAGCUGUCCAGAGCGCCAAAGCUCAGAUCGCAGGGUAUAAAACGCGUGGACCCUUCUCUCUACUCCAACUACACCAGCAGGUUUUUCGGCGAGCAGACGGUGGAGCGUCUGGAUCUUUGCUCCAUGCUGAAAAAGAAGCAGCAGGACGGCUACUACCACACUGAGACGUCGCUGCAACUCGAUUUGACUCAACAUCCGCUGCAUCGCAAGCGCUCAAGCGGUCAUCGCCGGUCUGAGCCUGACGAGGCGGAGCUUCUGAGAAUCAGCAAGCGAUUGGUGGAAGAUGCCGUCAGUCGUGCCGUGCAGCAAUACAAACAGGAAACGCUCCAGAACGGGGGCGGGCCUAACGCGGGGCAGCCGCCCGGAAACGCGGACGGGGACGCGGCCAUGAAGACGACUGACGCUAAUGCCGCCACGGACUCCGGGAAGUGACGUGAUCGGACCCAGAGCUAACCGGAAGCGCUAAUCGCCAAAAUGUCCGGUCCGCUUCGUCGUCACGCGGCUAACCCCGAAGGCGAGCCCGGCGUUAAUCGGCUAAUCUCGAAGGCUUGCCGCUCACGUUAGCUAGGAUGGCCGCCCACUUCACCAAGCUGGACUCUGGUAGCUCGGUAGUCACAGUGAGCCCAAAGUGUCUCGCUGAUCUACAACGCAGGGUUCCCGGCACCUUGCGUCGGCUAAUUGCUAAUAUGGCCAUUUGCGAAUAUUUGGAGCAGGAUUGUUAAACGCUGACUCGUUAAAACUGACCGUGAGACUUGAUCGGAUUCUAAAGCACAUCGUGCCGUUUUGUAUUCGUGACAUUCUAAUUUGGACGUCUCGAGGUGUGCUAGCGUUAAACGUGUUCUACUGGUGUCCUGCGGGGGCAGCAGUGAGACAAUCACCCAACUCAAUCCACACUAAAAACAAAAUUUCACACAGCACUAAUCAUGUUAGCAUAGACAUUUAACAAAUGCAGCACAACUAUAGUAUCCGUUGUUUUAAUGUUUUUAUUACGCUGUUUUUUGUUGUUGUUUUUUUAUUACAUGGCGAUACACAGGGAACCCCCAUUUAUACGUUCCACCCAGCCCCAAAAUCGGCGAUAUAUAAAGAUCACCUAAAAACAGAUUUUUUUUUUGAUUUUUUUUUACCCCUCCCACAUACUUUAAACACAUUUUGAAUUUGUUAAAACACUUUUAAAAGGUAACAACCUAUUUAAAAAAACAAUAGUUUAAAAAUCUGCGCAAACAAUACACAGAUAUAGCGGGUUCACGUUAUUCUUGUUAAUAAUCAUGAUUUCACACAAUAGGGCGUCACUUUAUUCCUUCUCCGGUUUGCGUGAUGAAUCCCUCGAGGUUUACGACUGUUGUAAGUUGCUGUUGACAGAAAGCAUGUUGCCCUCUGGUGGCCUGGAGACGAACCGGUUGCCGCACAAGCAUGGCCGUCAAACGAUCGAACGUGCCAGAGGAUUUUGCAAAACCUGACUGGAUGUGAGGAGAGGUGAACGUGAUUUAUGAUGGAGCUAUGCUAACCACACAUCCACAAUUUUUGAUUUGUGAGAUUCAUGAAUUGCAAGCAUUAAGUCGAAAUAUUGCCGUAAAAAAACUAAUAUGAGGAAAUAAGUUGUAAUGGAAAGAAAAUUAUUUUUCUUUGACUGAAAAAGUAAUUUUUCUGGGAAAAAGAUUUCUUCAUCAGAGCAUUGUGGCUUCAUUCUUGUUAAAAAAAAAAAAAGUUUUAAAGAAAAAGCUUUUUUCUCCUUUGUGAAAUUUUGUGAUAUUUCGACUUUUUUUUUUACGAUUUUAAUGAGAAAAAAAGUAAUAUGACAAGAACAUACUUCUUUUUUCUCGUUGUAUUGAGACUUCCUCAUAAAACAAUUCUUCUGUUGCUAUUGCGACAAAUUCCCCCCCCCCCCCCCCCAAAAGUUCUAAUAGUGCGAGAAACUAUAAAAGAACUACGAGAAUUAAGUUGUAAUAUUAAAGAGACUGAAGAGAAAGAGUUAUUGUAACAAAAUGCUGACAUUUAGUUUUUUCUCUGACAGCAAAACCUAUUCCUACAAAAAGAAUAGGUUUUGCUUUUCAAUUGCUUCCAGGAAGACUUCUUCAUUUUCACUCCCCGCCCCCCCACCAAAAAAAAACCCUUUGAAUUGAUUCUGAGCGAUCGUUUGGUGAGCAGCUUUUAACUCCAGAUCAUGACUGAGGAUUGUUCUGUGUGGUUUAGAAGCACACCGAUGCUGUUGACUGUUGGAAGUGGCCUUCUGUCCCCAUUUUUUUCCAUUUCCUGCAAGUGCUUACUUAGCAUGACGCUAGCGUCAAAGCUGGACUAGUGUUGGACGUGACACAAGUUCUCUGUUCCAGCCACGUUUUCUUUUUUGUUUUUGUUUUGCUCUCAUCCCUCUUCCGAUGCUGUCGUGAUUAAAAAGAACACCUUUUCAUUUAAUGUCUUCUUUUUGUUGUCACCAGAUCCUUAAAGCGCCGUCAAAUCCCCUUUAAUACACACUUUGUCCUCGUGGCCCACAUUGUUAAAUCUUCUUACAAGCCUGUGUGCGAUACGAUUAUUUGAUCAGUGCGUCUCCAUGGACCUUGUCUCCUUCCAUUAUUACAGCAAGGAACUGUGUGUGUGUGUGUGUGCAUUGGUGUGUUUUGUUCCGUCCCACGUGAACAAUAAAACAGGAUAUGAAAUUUCCAACCAA